CCCACCCCUCGCCGCACACGCACAGCCCGCGGCUCAUACCGUGUCCCCGCGCCCCCCCCCCCGCCGGUCUGUCGGGGCGGCGGAUGGCGCCGGCGGCGGCGGCGGGAGGCCGCUCGCUCCCGCGGGCAGGGCCGCAGCGCGCGUAGGGGCCGCGGGCAGGCGCCACCCCACACCAUGCUGGCCGCCGCUUGGCUGGGCAGGGGUUUCUGGGGGCUUCUUCGCGGCGCGGGGCGGAGGCGGCCGGGCGGCGGCGCAAGGCCUCUGGCCGGCCGACCCGGGGCGGUGGCGACGGCGGAGGGGCGCGGCGGCGGGGCGGGCGGCCGCCGCCAUGGCAACAGCGGCGUCUUCUGCCUGGCGGCGGCCGCGGGGACUCUGGCGAGGCCGCGCGCGGCGCCCGCCCUGCGGCAGCACCAGUGGCUGCUGCGCGAGCCCCAGCGGCUGCUGCGCGCGCCCGCCGCCGCCUGGCGCCUCCUCAGCGGCGGGAGCGGGCAGCGGCGGGCGGGGAGCGGCGGGGCCGGGCCGCCGGAGCCCCCCCGGGAGCGGCGUGUGGCGGGGCGCUACGCUGAGCUGUAUGAAAACCCCUGGACGAUCCCAAAUAUACUCUCGAUGGCAAGAAUGGGUUUGGCGCCAGUUUUAGGGUAUUUGAUCGUUGAAGAAAACUUCCGUGUUGCGCUAGGUGUCUUUGUUUUGGCCGGCGUAACGGAUUUGCUGGAUGGAUUUAUUGCACGAAACUGGGCUAAUCAGAAAUCAGCUUUGGGAAGUGCUCUUGAUCCUCUGGCUGAUAAAAUUCUCAUCAGUGUGCUCUAUGUGAGCCUAACUUGUGCAAAUCUUAUCCCAGUUUCACUUACUUCUAUGAUUAUUCUGAGGGAUGUAGCGCUCAUUGCUGCUGUUUUUUAUGUGCGAUACAAAACUCUUUCUCCACCGAGAACACUCAGUAGGUAUUUUAACCCCUGUUAUGCUACUGCCCAAUUAAAACCAACAUUCAUUAGCAAGAUGAAUACAGCAGUUCAGCUAAUUUUGGUGGCAGCUUCUUUAGCAGCUCCUGUUUUCAAUUAUGUGGACAGCAUAUAUCUGCAGACAUUAUGGUGCAUCACAGCUUUCACAACGGUGACAUCUGCGUACAGCUAUUACCACUACGGCCGAAAAACGGUUCAGGUGAUAAAUAACAAAUGAAGUAUUCCUGGAAGGACCGUGUCUCAGCAGUGUGGUGUGCUUUACUGCCGAAGAUGGUUGUAUUGCAACUGAGUUUUGGGUCAAGAAAUCUUGUUUUUCUGCUUAAACCAUGGCAUCGCAAUGAAGUGAAGUUUGAACAUGUACUGUGUAUAUAUAUAGAGAGAGACUUUUCAGUGUAUUUUUAAUUUGUUUAAAAAUAAGGUUGUUUACAAAAACAAAUAAAUAAUAUUCUUAAAGACACAGGUUACUGGUUGCUGCCACGUGCAUUCUGAAUAAUUUUAUACUGUUUUUGAAGUCAAAAUAUGCACUCUUCACUGGCUUUUUUUGUCAUCUUUGUGCAAGGCAGUGAGUAGGCUGAGAUCUGAGAAGAAAAAGCAAUUAUAAGAACAAGUUUGUCUUUGUACUUCAACCUAAGUAAGUAGACCAGCAUUGCUCAUUAGGACUUAAUCAGCUUGCAGCAGAAGAAAGUAUGUCAUCGAGGAACAGUACCUUCAGAAAUUUAAACUGGAGUGAUGGAAUUUUUACUUCAUAAUCUGUGGUGAUACAGAUGAGCCAUGAAGAGUUACUACUCUGCUCCCUUUUCUUUUUAAAUGGGAGCAGUGGUGAACUGUAUUCCUCAGAGAAGAGUUUUGAAUCUUGGAAGGGUCAGCUGUGCAGUGAAGAGUUUGUACCCAAAUGGAGUUACAUUUCUUAUACUGUAUAUUCAUUUCUAGUGAUUGAAGGGAACUCUUGUAUGUCCAGGUUCUUUAAAGCUUCUAAAGAUGCCGUUUAAUCUAAAUACCGUGGGAGAAAAAGGACAUUUUAAAUGUCCAAAUGGAUGGAGAGAGUGGAAGAAACCUUCAGAUGCAUGUACUGUCAAUUCUUCUGUACCUCUAGCUUCAAGAGGUGUGCGCUGUGAUCCCCCUCAGGCAAGGGCAGUUUGCACGUGUUCUUUGCCUGUCUCCACUUGCAAAAAGAUGCAGAAUAAAGAACUAGGCAGAACAGAUCAUGUUGAUCAUAAACUUAGGUUUUAUAUUUUAUCGAGCAACGUGGUAUUUCUUGUAUGUCAUAAAAAAGAGUGCAACUAUGAAGGGCUUAAAUAAUUAAAAUUAGGUGGUAAAUGA